ACGGGACCUGGUUGAAUGGGGGAGAAAAAAAAAGACGCGUUUGCUUAUUUUGUGUGGAUUUUUGUGGUAGAAAUGGGGCGAUGAGAGCCCUCCUGGUAACUGAAGACAUGAGAAUUGGGAGAGGAACAAAAAGCUCGGCUGCGGUGGUCUGUGUUUGAGUCUCCAUCCAUCCGAAGGGUCCAGUCUACACACCUUUAUUCAUGUUGCAAAAGCCAGUUUUAUGACAAUGGAUUACUUGCUGUGGGUGUGCAGCCUCAUUGUUCCUGUGGUGCUGGCUGUAGAAGAAACCCUUAUGGACAGUCGGUGGGCAACCACAGAGCUAGCCUGGACCACAUUUCCAGAGAGCGGGUGGGAGGAGGUUAGUGGCUAUGAUGACUCCAUGAGCCCAAUCAGAACCUACCAGGUGUGUAAUGUCCGACAGCCCAACCAGAACAACUGGCUGAGGACAGACUUUAUCCCCCGCAAGGGCGUGCUGCGUGUCUACGUGGAGCUCAAGUUUUCCGUCCGUGACUGCGCCAGCAUCCCCAACAUCCCGGGCUCCUGUAAAGAGACCUUUAAUCUGUUUUACUAUGAGUCAGAAGGGGACACAGCUACAGACACCAGCCCUCUGUGGAGGGAGAACCCAUAUGUGAAGGUGGAUACUAUAGCCCCAGAUGAGAGUUUCUCUCUUCUGGAAGCGGGAAGGAUCAACACCAAAGUACGCAGCUUCGGUCCGCUCUCUAAGGCUGGCUUCUACCUGGCAUUCCAGGACCUCGGCGCCUGCAUGUCACUCAUCUCAGUCAGGGUUUUCUUCAAGAAGUGCUCCACCACCAUUGCCAAUUUCGCCGUCUUCCCUGAGACUGCUACAGGUGCAGAAGCUACUUCCUUAGUGAUUGCUCCGGGGGCCUGUGUGACCAAUGCCAUGGAGGUGUCUGUCCCUCUGAAACUGUACUGCAAUGGGGACGGCGAGUGGAUGGUUCCCGUGGGCUCGUGCACCUGCGUCGCUGGCUUCGAACCUUCUGCAGACAGCACUCAGUGCCAGGCUUGCAUCCCUGGGACUUUCAAAUCCAAAUUCGGGGAGGGAUCCUGUGCUCCCUGCCCUUCCAACAGUCGCACCAGCGCCCGAGGAGCCAAUAUUUGCCCCUGCCAGAAUGGUUUCUACCGUGCUGACAGUGACCCCCCUGACUCUGCCUGCACCACUAUCCCCUCAGCGCCUCGCAACGUUAUAUCCAGCGUGAAUGAGACCUCGCUGUCCUUGGAGUGGGAGGAACCCGAGGACACAGGUGGGAGGAGCGACCUGGUGUAUAACGUGGUGUGUAAGAAAUGUCUGCGAGACCGGAGUCCCUGCACGCGCUGCGACGACAAUGUGGACAUCGCUCCUCGCAGGCUGGGGCUGAGGCAGAGGAAGGUGGUGGUGAGGAAUCUGCAGGCUCAUACCCGCUACAGCUUCGAAGUGCAGGCUGUCAACGGAGUCUCCGGGAAGAACCCCACCUCACCCAGCUACUCCACAGUCAACAUCACCACUAACCAAGCCGCACCUUCAGCAGUGCCGACCGUCCAUCUGAUGCGCUCCACCUCAGACACCCUCAGCCUGUCGUGGCUGCCCCCUGAGAAACCCAACGGGGUCAUCCUCGACUAUGAGAUUAAAUACCAUGAGAGGGGCCAGGCGAUGUCGCACACUGUAACAUCCCAGCGCAGCUCAGCCAGGGUGGAGGGGCUGAGGGCCGCCACACCCUACGUGGUGCAGGUCCGAGCUCGCACUGUUGCUGGAUACGGACGCUACAGCAACCCCAUGGAUUUCAGCACCAGCCUACACAGUGACCCUCAGAAGUCAGUGCAGGACCAGCUGCCUCUCAUCAUCGGCUCGGCCUCCGCAGGUCUGGUGGUCAUUGUUGCCUUGGUGGUAAUCGCUGUUGUCUGCCUUAAGAAGCAGCGCAGCGGCUCCGAGCUGGAGUACACUGAGAAGCUGCAGCAAUACAUUUCUCCAGGGGUCAAAGUGUACAUCGACCCAUUCACCUACGAGGACCCCAACGACGCCAUCCACGAGUUUGCCAAAGAAAUAGACAUCUCCUGCGUGAAAAUAGAAGAAGUCAUUGGUGCAGGUGAAUUCGGCGAGGUGUGCCGCGGACGGCUCAAGCAACCUGGCCGCAGGGAGAUGGUGGUGGCGAUUAAGACACUGAAAGCCGGCUACACUGAGCGCCAGAGGCGGGAUUUCCUCGCCGAGGCCUCAAUCAUGGGCCAGUUUGACCACCCAAACGUGAUCCGGCUGGAAGGUGUCCUGACGCGAAGUUGCCCUGUCCUCAUCAUCACUGAAUUCAUGGAGAAUGGAGCACUCGAUUCCUUCCUCAGGCUGAACGACGGGCGUUUCACGAUGACACAGCUGGUCGGGAUGCUGCGUGGCAUCGCUGCAGGGAUGAAAUACCUGUCGGACAUGAACUAUGUUCACAGAGACCUCGCUGCCCGGAAUAUCCUGGUCAACAGUAACUUGGUCUGCAAGGUCUCUGACUUUGGCCUGUCACGUUUUCUGGACGACACUUCGGCUGACCCCACGUACACAAGCUCCCUGGGAGGGAAGAUUCCCAUUCGGUGGACGGCGCCAGAGGCCAUCGCCUUCAGGAAGUUCACCUCUGCCAGUGACGUCUGGAGUUACGGCAUCGUCAUGUGGGAGGUGGUGUCGUAUGGAGAGAGGCCUUACUGGGAUAUGAGCAACCAGGAUGUGAUGACGGCAGUAGAGCAGGACUACCGGCUGCCCCCGCCCAUGGACUGUCCCAUGGUGCUGCACCAGCUGAUGCUGGAGUGCUGGAUGAAGGAGAGAAACCUAAGGCCCAAGUUCUCCCGCAUCGUCAGCACCCUGGACAAGCUGCUCCGCAACGCCGCCAGCCUCAAGGUGGUGACCAGCACCUACUCAGGGGACCUGCUGCGGCUGGGAGGCACGCUGCCAGGACACAACAGGAAGAGUCCGGACAGCAGUCAGGAAGUCAUUCGGCAACAGAUGAGCCAAACUCUCCCCAUCAGAGUGUGAGCCGCUGCCAACCUGGAGGAUACAGAUUUAAAACUACCUAGAAACUCUGACGUGAAGAGCUCAAUGUAAAAUAAAAAGAAGAAAAUAAAAAGAAGGAAGCUACAGCUACAGCGAGAGGACCGUUACGGACGUUUCUUUCCGUGAGCGACUGGGGGAUUUAAUGUCCGUUAAAAGAGAACUUCCCAUCGCAAGUGUGUGUGUUCAUUACUUGACACUUUGUGGAUUUGUGACUGUUGACAUAAAGCCAAACUUCCUGUUGCCCCCCCUCUCAGGUUGUGUUUGCAUGUCUGCAUGUGUUUUUCUGCUGGUUGGGAAUCAGUCUUUUUCUUCGCUUCGCCCGGUUCCUCACACUGAGGACGAGAGAGCUCACACAGAUGAUAGGAUUCAGUGUCUAGAAAGAUACAACAGUGCCAAGACCAAGCAAAUGUUUGCUUAAAACUUACUCCUUUAAGACAGCCACACAUCUGUAGACCUUCAAUCCAAUCAAUCUUUUUUUUUUUUUUUUUUUUUUUUUAACCCAACCAACUAUUCUUUUACUGUUUUACAUUUUUUUUGGAACCAAGACAAAAAAAGAAAAAAAAAAAAACACUUUCAUCCGCUUCCUCUUAAAUACUGUCUUCCACAUGUACUGGGAGACAUACGUGUUACAAUUCUGUACAAAGCAUCCGAGUCUUCACGUCGUCUCUCUGCCAGAGGAGAGACGUCACUGACACUGUGCGGGACACGUCAUGUGCAUGCCAAAGUGGAAACUUCUUCAUGAGAAAAACAAGCAAACGUACCAAUAAGUUCCACAUUAACUGUUGCUUCGGUGGCGUUUGCUGUAAGGACUUUUAAUGUCCACGUUUUCUUAACCUUGUUUGAUUCAUAUACGCAUUGUUUUGAAUGCUAAGUUAUUAUCUAUUAUCGCAAAGAGGUGUUUUUUGUGUUUUUUUUACAAGUGCCGGGGCUUAACUUUUUUAUUAUAAUGUUUGUUUGCUUUUUUCAGUCAUUAACAAACCAGACAGACAUGAAUGAGUGAGAUUAGCAGGAGAAGUUCUGCUCAGACAGAAUAAUUACCUUUUAAAAACACCGAGAAGACUUUGUCCAGAUUGUUCUUUGGCCUUUUUUUUUAAAAAAAAAAAAAGAAAAGCGCCCGUGGUAGUGCCGUGUUGUAUAUUUUUACUUUGGCGAAUGUGUUGCAGAUCAGUGGGAAUUAAAAAGGUCACUAUCCCGAUGGUGGCUUUGCGACCUUAAUAUCGACCUGACCUACAAACAUUAAUGUAAAAACAAAUCACUCAUUGGUUCAUUUCUCCUGACGUGUUUUCUUCAGCACGCCAGCUGUCAAUGCAGUUCCUAUUUAAACGACUGCUUGUAUAUAACACUAUACUUCUAUUAGACCAAUCCGCUCAGCAUUUACAACUAUCUGACCUGACUUUGGCCUCUCUACAGUAUGACCCUGGUUUAUAUGCUUGUUUGUUUAUUGUUGACGAGCAAACAAUGAGAGAAAUUACAGUCCAGUCAUUACAUAUCUGAAACUAUAUGUCACAAUGAAAUAAGAAAAUGUGUGUCUGUUAGGGCAGACUUUUUCCUGUGCAAUUAAAGGUGUAUUAGAUUGUAAAAAAAAUGCCAGAAAACUAGAACAAAAAUAAGCAUUUCUGUUUCAGUAUUUUUACGAUAAUCAUAUGCAAAUAAAUUAUUAAACGGA